GAUAGCUGGCCUUCUUCUCCUCGGCGCCUGCUGUGCAUCAGCGUCUCGAGGCUCUGCCCUUUACAAGACAGUAUUAUCAGAGAGGGAGAGAGAGAGAGAGGGGAUGGCGGUUGUAGCAUGGUGAGGGUACAGGGUGCAGCGCCUGCGGUGCAUCAGCGGCUCGAGGCUCUGCCUUUUACCAGACAGUAUUAUAACACACACACAGAGAGAGAGAGAGAGAGAGAGAGAGAGAGAGGGAAGGGCGGUUGUAGCAUGAUGAGGGUAGAGGCUGCAGUCCAUUUGUUUCAGCUAGGGGUUGGAGCGCUAUUGUUGGGCUGAAAUAGCGGGGGGUGGGAGGAGGCGGAGGAAGAACAAGAUUGGCGCGCGCGCUUAGGGGUGGCGGAGCCCGUGCACUGUGCUCGUUCGUUGUGUCGCCGCGCGCCGCGCCAUCGGCCAUUCGCCCUUCACCUCGGUGGCCAUCGGACUGGGAGCGGAAUGGCUUCGUCGUCGCUUGCCCGCGGCGUUGGCGCGGUUCAUGUAGGUGACUUGGCAUCGCACUCAGCGGAGAUAGGCGCAUCCGCAGGUGCGGUGUCCGCGCGGCGGCUUCCGGCAUUCCCCCAUCGGCUCGGUAGUGCCAGCUUUUCUGAGACGAGCGGAGGCGGCGAGCGCGGGAGCUGUCAAACUGCCACGUGUUGCUCUCGGGGCUGUCAGCUCCCCUCCUCCUCCUCCUCUCCCGCUUCGUCCUCGUCGUCCGGCGCUUCGCUGCGCCUCUCGUGGUCGUCCCAUCAAUGCGACCAAUCCUCGGCGCGCUUUGGGUUGCGCCGACUGCGUGCGCGCCGUCAUGGCCUUCCCCGCGGAGCUGCGCGUCGCGGUCCGCGAUCCCCUGUGGUCCAGCCCUUGGCCGCCAGCCCCCCCCCCGAGGUCUCCUCCGUCUCCACGGAACCUCUAACUGUUGAAGAUCUUACCAAUCACUUGAGGGCCGGCUGCAAGCCCAAGAGUAUGUGGAGGAUUGGCACGGAGCACGAGAAGUUCGGCUUUGAGAUGGCCACUCUGCGGCCAUUGAAUCACUCGCAAAUUGCCACGAUUCUCGAAAGCCUGGCAGAGAGGUUCGACUGGAAGAGGGUGCUUGAGGGGGACAACAUCAUUGGCCUUCAGUUGAGCGGCCAGAGCGUUUCCCUGGAGCCUGGGGGUCAAUUUGAGUUGAGCGGUGCUCCUGUCGACACCUUGCACCAGACGUGCGCAGAGGUGAACACGCACUUGUACCAGGUGAAAGCUGUCGCCGAAGAGCUGAACUUCGGGUUCUUGGGAGCCGGAUUUAUCCCCAAGUGGACUGUUCCUGAGAUCCCGAUAAUGCCGAAGGGAAGGUAUGAUAUCAUGCGCAACUACAUGCCCAAGGUCGGGACUCGAGGGCUGGACAUGAUGUUCCGUACCUGCACGGUUCAGGUGAACCUUGAUUUCGAAUCAGAGCAAGAUAUGAUCGAUAAGUUCAGGGUGGGCCUUGCGUUGCAGCCGAUAGCGACGGCGCUGUUCGCCAACUCCCCCUUCAAAGAGGGCAAGCCGAACGGGUUUGUGAGCUACCGAAGCGAGAUAUGGAAGGAUGUGGACAACGACCGAAGUGGGGAUCUUCCGUGGGUGUUCGAUGAAGAUUUCUCGUUUGAGAAGUAUGUGCAGUACGCGCUGGACGUGCCCAUGUACUUCCUGUACAGGAACAAGAAGUACGUCAACUGCUUGCCCUACACCUUUCGGGAUUUCAUGGAAGGGAGGGCAAAGCCAGUGUUAGGGGAAACGCCGACGUUGAUUGAUUGGGACAACCAUCUGACGACCAUCUUUCCCGAGGUCAGGCUAAAGCGGUUCUUAGAGAUGAGAGGUGCGGAUGGGGGGCCGUGGCGGCGGCUGUGUGCGCUGCCUGCCUUUUGGGUGGGCCUGCUUUAUGAUGAGCAGGCAUUGCAAGAUGUCCUUGGGCUUAUCAGUGACUGGACGCAAGAGGAGCGCUCAACGCUGAGAAAUCAGGUCCCUAAACUCGGACUUCAGACUCCAUUUCGAAGCGGCCUUCUUCAGCACGUGGCGCAGGAAGUGUUCAAGAUAUCCAAGGCCGGCCUAGAGAGAAGAGGGUUCAAGGAAAGUGGUUUCCUACGCGAGCUGGAAGAAACUGUUGAAACGGGGGUCACACCGGCGGAGAGGUUGCUGAAGCUAUACUAUGGCCCGUGGAAGGAGAGCGUCGAUCCUAUUUACGAGGAGCUUCUCUACUGAGCAGACAUCGACGGUUCAUCCUGUACUGUAUUUCCCAUGCAGCUGCUGCACUGUCUCUCCAACAGGACAAAAACAAUAACAACAGCAACAAUAUACUCCGACCGACCAAGUGCAGGCCACGGAGGCGCACUAAGAAUCAAGAUGCAAUUCCGACUAGGUGCAUGCGCAAACUAAGAAUCAAGACGAGCGGAAUGGGAAUUUGAUUGAUUGAUUGAUUGAUGAUGGAGUUAGAGUAAAUGGCGUGAUAAGCGGAAGAGCGAUCGCGCGCCUUUCUUGGCCUGCAGUCUGCUUCUUCACUAAACCCUUGUGGUUCUUCAUCGGCAGCCAUAGCUGGCUGGGUGGCUGCUUACUUCGUGACGGACCAUAACGGACUGCUUACGCUGUAACGGACCAUAACGGACUGCUUACGCUGUAACGGACCAUAACGGACUGCUUACGCUGUAACGAAUUAUGACGACGACGAUAAUGAAUGAGCAUCUCGACUACUGCUGUGAAAUGGCCAGCGAGCGACCAGCCUGAAUUCGCCGCGGGCGGGCGGGCAUUUUGAGAGAGAGGUGGAGGCAGCAGGGGGGGAGGUGACCAGUUUGCCGACAAAACUGUCUUUUGUUUUUCAGUUUUAAGAAUAUCCUUGGAGCCAUUUAUUGUUUUAAACGCUGUGUUUGACUGUAUAUGCACUCCAGUGAAGCGGUAGGAGUAGUGAUGUGAAGAAAACGUGUUUGACUGUAUAUGAACUCCAGGUAAGCGGUGGGAGUAGAGUGAUGUGAAGAAAGUGUUUGACUGUAUAUGCUCUCCAGGUAAGCGGUAGUAGUAGUAGUAGUAGUAGUGAUGUGCAAGGGUAUCCUUGGCGCCGUGUAUGGUUUGACUGUAUUUUACUGUGUAUGUAAUCCAGGUGAGUGAAAGGGUUGAGGAUGAUCGUGACGUGAGGUGCACGGGCUUGAGAUAUAAAAGAGAGAUGAGAGAGAGAGAGGGCAUUGAUGUGUUGAGGGCAAAGCUGCCUGACUAGAGAUCUGUGACUUAUGGAUUGUGGCCGAGCUGCGGGAGAAGAGAAGAGAUUGAGGUGGAGGAAAUAUUAUUACUAUUUGGUGUUGCCACACAAUUGG